UUUGCUUGAAUAUUGAUGGAAAUGAUGGCAGCAGACUUGUGUCUCCGGCAGUAUUCAGGAAUUUUUUGCCAGCAAUGUCUAAGAGUGUCUGGAACUUCAUGGACACAGAAUUGCACCUUGCCAGGGCUGUCAAGGGGUUUACUCAGGAAGUCAUCACUCUCAGUGUCCCCCAGUGCUCAAUUUAUUUCCUGUUCCGUGCCAUCUCUUAAUGGUGGCAUUAUGCCAAAGAGAAAAGGCAUUCAUGUCAUGUCUCCUGAUCUACAAACACCAGGCUUGGAAAUGGAGUGUCUUGAUGCAUGGGAUGAUGAAUAUAAUGGGGUCAUCAUUGAUACAGAAUGCUUACCCUCAAGUGCAAAUGCUUUUGCAUCUGUCCUUCGUGCUUCUCUGUCCAACUGGAAGCUGAAGGGGAAAAGGGGUAUUUGGCUCAAGAUAAUAUCAGAGCAGGCCGAUCUUGUUCCAAUUGCAAUUCAGGAGGGUUUCGAAUACCACCACGCAGAACCAGGUUAUGUGAUGUUGACUUACUGGAUUCCAAAUGAACCUUGCAUGCUCCCCGGCAGCCCUUCUCACCAAAUUGGUGUAGCAGGAUUUGUCAUCAAUGAAAAAAGAGAGGUCCUUGUGGUCAAAGAGAAGUGCCCUUGCAGUUGUUCUGGGGUAUGGAAAUUGCCUACGGGCUAUAUCAAUAAGUACGAAGAAAUAUUUUCUGGAGCUGUGAGAGAAGUGAAAGAAGAGACUGGUGUGCACACGGUUUUCUUGGAAAUGGUUGCUUUCAGACAUGCCCACCGAGUGGCUUUCGAGAAAUCAGAUUUACUCUUCGUUUGCAUGCUAAAGCCUUUAUCCUCAGAAAUUGUAAUUGAUGAAAACGAAAUUCAAGACGCUAAGUGGAUGCCCCUUGGAGAUUUCAUCGAACAGUCAUUUUACCGAGAAGACUACAUGUCAAAAAAGAUGAUUUUAAUUUGCAUUGCCGCACAUGAAAAUGGUUACCAUGGAUUCACUGCACAACAGCUGAUAUCGAAACUUGAUGGAAGACUUACUUUCCUUUAUUACCAAAGGUCAAAGCAGAUUUAGUGAUAUUAGCAAAAGAAAAAUGCAAAUGAUACGCAUCCGAUGUGGUCUUAAAUGUGCUUAUCUGUGAUAAUUAAGACCCAAACCCAUGUGAUGAUGUCCAAAGAAGAACAUAUAUUAAUAUAUUACGAGACUUUUAAACAAAUUUAAACCAAAACCAUUUAAAAAUUUGACUCCAAAUUUUCUGGUUUCCUAAUGGAAAGUUCUGUAAAACAGUUGAAG